GGAUUGAUGGACAGCUACAACGUCCAAUCAGUGUUUUCAAAAUAAGGAAGUGGUUUGUGGCGAAGCUUAAGCCAUGGGCAGUCAUAGCUAGAAUAUUGGAUAGGAUACCUGACCGGCAAAUGCUCUAUUCCCUAUAGUAACACAGGACUCGACAGGUUGUCUCUGUCCCUACGAGACCAUCCCACCACACGUAGGUUCCUGCAUGUUAUUCUGAAGUGAGCGCCUCACAACCAUGGAGGACUUCGGGGUCCAGGAGGUCCGGUCCAGCGGAGAUCUGUGGUCCGACAUCUGCUCCACUCUGCCAGAAGUGAAAGACGAAGUGGCGAAUCAGGAAGAGAACACUCUCUUCACAGACUCCUUCAAGCCAGCAUCGCCAGUGAACGGAGAGUCUAAUGGAAGGACAGCAGACCUCCAAUCCUCAGAUGGUCCCACCACGAAUUGGCAACCCAUGGAUGAUUCCGAAAUCUACAUUGCCAGUUUAGAAAACCGUCUGAAGAGACUUAAGGGCCUGUCCAGCGACGUGACCUCCAGAGACAUGCUGAAGUCUCUGUCUCAGGCCAAGAAGGAGUGCUGGGACAGAUUCCUGCAUGACACACAGACGUCGGAGAUCUUCCAGAGCGGAGACCUGGACGAGGGGGCCAUGGAGCACCUCAAGCGCUGGCUGAUCCCAGAGAAGGUGGCCAUCAGUGCAGAGGAGCUGGAGUACCUGCUGAGGCCGUCCGUGACCCGGGAGGACGCUGCUGCUGCGCCGGACCGAACGCAGAGUGGAGACGGAGAGGAGGGGGACCGGGAGCGGCCCGGCCUGGAGGAGGAGGACCCGCACCAGCCAGAGAAAUGAUGUGUGUAUCCGGGGAUAACUCACUUGAGAUUUUUUUAAACAGGUUUUUUUUGUAGGUCUAGAAGCAUCCAUUAGAGCCCACUUCCUGCAUUCCUGCUGUGUAGUGGAGAGGAAGAGUUUAGGGGAUAGCUGUGGCCCCCGGGGAAUCAAACCAUGAAUCUUAUACAUCCUGCCUUUCUUUUCUUAUGUGUUUGAUCAUAUUAUAGAUGUAUGGAUAUUGAUACCCAAUGUAGUAUUUAAACAGGUUUGUUUCCUAAUAGUCUCGCCCGUGUUGCAGUUGGAAAUUGUUCAAUGCCAAAUGCAGUGUUACCCCGAAACGAUGCAUUUUUAAUUUGUGUGUCACUGGUUGUUAUUUCUUUGAUGUUAUUUCCUUUGUAGUUUUAAGUCAACCUGCCAGUAUCAUUAAGUAUAACACUAAGCCAGUUUGUUUUAUGUUUUUUUUUCUAUGUAAUAUAUACGUGAUUAAAAUUCAAUCAAAUCUAAAAACAAA